AGGCAAAUGUUUCCUCAGAUGAAAUUUCGUGUAAGCGGGCUGGACCUCAAGGCGAAAUAUAUCCUGCUGCUGGACAUCGUAGCGGCGGACGACUACCGUUACAAGUUCCAUAACAGGCGCAUGUUUCCCGCUUACAAACUACGCGUUUCGGGUCUGGACAAAAAGUCCAAAUAUAUUCUGCUAAUGGACAUCGUUGCCGCAGAUGAUUGUAGAUAUAAAUUCCAUAACAGUCGGUGGAUGGUAGCUGGGAAAGCUGAUCCAGAAAUGCCGAAGAGGAUGUACAUUCAUCCAGAUAGUCCUUCGACGGGCGAACAGUGGAUGCAAAAAGUUGUGUCCUUCCACAAGCUGAAACUCACCAAUAACAUCUCCGACAAACAUGGCUUUGGAUAUAAAUUCGCUUGGUUGAUGACGAUUAUAUCGUUCUUGGCGAAUCAUCGGUACUACCUCUCCUAG